AUAUACUACUGGAGAAAACAAGCUAAUUUAGCAGGGGCAAAGGUGAUUCCUGGAUGUAUGUAUGAGCUGUAUGUCCAGACAAGGUUUGCACUCUGACCUGCAAGCCAAUGGCUCAUCUCUUUCCCCAUGACCUCUGGAGGAGGUCCCUGCGGCCGCACUGAGCGUGUCCGUCAUGAACCCCAUUAUGACCAGGUCCCGCCAGGCUCCCUACGCCGAAACGACCCCUUUGACCUUCAACCCCUGAGGUACCAGCGGAGCACCGAACUAGCCCUGAGCUCUGAUCCCCUUCCGCCCCCUCCCCUGCCCGACCAGCCCCCUGUGGGGCCCGAGUAUGACCCCAGCGUCAGUGAGAAUAACCCAGACCCAGAUCCACACCUCGAACUAGACCCGGCUCUCGACAUCAAACCGGUCCACCGUUUCAUCCCUGACUCGUGGAAGAGCUUCUUCCGAGGGACCAGCCUCCGCAGCAGCAAGCCCUGUCCCAUGCCUGCCUCCUCCUCCUCCUCUAACAACAACAACAGCACCAGUGGCGGGGUGCGCUGCUCUCCCCCACACUCGCCCUCCCUGCCCAGAUCCUACCGGGACCCCUAUGGGGGGUCGGGGGGAAGCAGUUACAACUCCCGCAAGGAGCUCCUGGGAGUGGGCGACCACCAAGAGUCAAUUUCGGGACGCACACUCCACACGGCGCUCACCUACAGCGAGCGGGUGGAAGAGUACCACGAGCGCUACGGCUACAUGAAGUCCUGGGCGGGCCUGCUGAGGAUUCUGGGAUGCGUGGAGCUGCUGCUGGGUGCAGCGGUGUUUGCCUGCGUAUGCGCGUACGUGCACAAGGACAACGAGUGGUUCAACAUGUUUGGCUACUCCUCACCUGGAAGUGCAUACGGAGGCUACGGAGGGGGAAUGUAUGGAGCAGGCACCGGAGGGUCCUACUACUCGGGUCCUCAGACUCCAUUUGUGUUAGUUGUGGCGGGGCUGGCCUGGAUAGUGACUGUGAUAUUGUUGGUGAUAGGGAUGACUAUGUACUACCGCACCAUCUUACUGGAUUCCUCCUGGUGGCCCCUGACUGAGUUUACUAUAAACCUGGCCAUGGCUGUGCUCUACAUGGCUGCAGCUGUAGUCUACGUCAGGGACACCACGCGGGGCGGUCUCUGCUCCCUUCCCGUCUUCAACAAUGGUAUCAACGGGGCUUUCUGCCGCACCGAGGCCGGACAGACAGCCGCCAUCAUCUUUCUGUUCGUCACCAUGGUGAUCUACCUGAUCGGGGCCAUUGUGUGUCUGAAGUUGUGGCGGCACGAGCAGGCACGCAUGUACCGGGAAAAGUACGGCCUGGAGAUGCAUACGACAGAUUUCCCUGCGGCACGGUCUUUGAUGCCGGUUCCAGAGCCAAUUCAGGGUUCUACUGUGGUUCCCAUCCAGGUUGCGGUACCCAAGGCAGGGCCACCGAAGGUUCUACAGGGAGCUAUCCCUUCUGGUCACAUCCCCAAACCAGUUAUUAUGCCUGACUAUAUAGCUAAGUACCCAACCAUCCGUACGGUCGAUGAGCGUGACCAGUAUCGGGCUGUGUUCAAUGACCAGUACUCUGAGUACAAGGAGCUCCACGCUGACGUGCAGGCCACCACCAGGAAGUUUGAUGAGCUGGACGCCAUGAUGCGUGCCCUACCCCAGCACCCCAACAGCCAGAUGGAGUAUGACCGCGUAAACAAAAUCCUUCAGGAGUACCAGAGGAAGAAAAAUGAUCCUACGUUCCAGGAGAAGAGGGAGCGCUGUGAAUACCUGAAGAACAAACUGGCCCACAUUAAACAGAAGAUCCACGAGUACGACAAGGUCAUGGAGUGGAACGAUGGCUACGGCUAAACCAGCAUGGCCUAUCUGUCUGGGGAGACCACUUGGAACCAGUAGGAGACCAGUUAAAACUAGUAGGGACCAGUUUAAAAUAAUGGAAAACAUAUGGGGACCAGUGCAAACAGAUGGGAGCCAUUUUUAGUUUAAAUUUGAUUAGGAAUGAAACCGGUUCAGACUGGUUGGAACGGUGGUUUAAAAUGGUGUCCCUUUCCUUUCAGAGACUGCACUUCUUUUUGAACUGGAACAAGCUGGUUACACAC